AUUGACGAGCGCUGGCCAAAUGAAAAAAAGAAUGAAUUGGCUCAGACAUAGGCAUCCCAUCACAUUAUCCAUGCCAACCAAUCAAACAAAAUCAAAUAUAAUAAAACUUUCCAUUCCGAAACAAAUUUUCUUAAAAUUUUAAGAAUGUACUCCGCGUACCGCAAUUUUAGUCAACUGCAACGAGGUGCUUAUCGUGCUCACAUAACCCUGUUGUGUAACCAACGCACCUAUGUCAGGCCCCUAAUACUCCAAGCUGCCCACUACUCGAAGUCUAAAGGCAGCGAUGGUGAGAAAGCUUUAGUAGGUGAGAAAGAUUUAGGAAAUGAUGGCAAGAAACUAGCUGAUGGCAAAAGACCUCCACAGGGCAAAAAGGGACCCUUCGGGCCGCCUAAAAUCGACAUGAGGAUCAUACCCGCUUCAUAUCAUAAUCUGAGCUAUGAAGAGCUCAAUAUAAAGCUAGGUCGUGAGAUGUCGCCACAUCUGAGUAUCUAUAAGAAACAGUUGACCUCAAUUAUGUCCAUAUUUCUGCGUAUAAGCGGCUUUAUUCUGGGCAUAGGAAUUUGGACGAUUGGUUUGACUGGCUUGCUUUGUGAUAUGGAUGUCAAUGCCAUGGCAGAGAAGAUUGAGAAAUGUGAUUGCAGUAGGACCGCAUUCAAUGUGCUCAAGUUUUUUAUAAUAAUACCUUUUGCCUAUCAUAUGGUGGCGGGAACACGUCACUUGAUCUGGCAUCUGAAUGUUUUCCUGAGCAAACGAGAGAUUUAUGCAACCGGGUAUGCGGCCAUCGUUCUGACCCUAAUUUUGGCAGCGGCUUUAGCCGGCAUCGAUGUUCAAGACAAAAAGAAUGAGGUAUCUACGGUAUCAAAUGAAGGCGAAAUCACGUUGGAGUUAAAAACCCUGCUAAACGAGGAGACCGAAGCAAUCGAUGAAAACGAGGUAGACAUUGACAUGACCGAAGCCGAUGCAAAAGAGGAGUAAAAUUCUAUGCUCAUGAAGAAAACGUAGACUCCUAACAAACCAACAGAAAGUGAGGCGAUGCCACGAAAAAGUUUAAUGUGAUUUUAAAAAUUCACACGGUAAAUUUCAAUUAAAAAUUUCCAUUUUGUUUGUGGAUAGGUAAAUUUUUGGUAUUCAGUUUUUUAGAUGUCGCAUCCUUUUACAUUAAAAGAAAAAUGUGCUUUUUAAUAAACAACACUUGCAAAAA